AGGGGGCAGUUCUCUAUAACGCGGUCUCCGGGAGCCAGCGGGGAAGAAAGAAGCCGAGCGGGCGGAAGGCGCCCUCCCCGCCGCCUGGGCCCGGGCACCGGGUGCCGGGCCCGGGGUCCUUCCCGCCUCCCGCGGCCGCCGGCCGCUUUGUUUCCCCAGCCUCUGCGCUCUGGGCUACUCAAGAGGGGCUCCCGCCGGGGCUGCGCGGGGAACGCGGCGGCGGCAAGAAGGGCGGCCGACCGGGCCGGGACUCGCAGGGACCCAGGAGUCCGGCCGCCGGGAGGGCCGCGUGACGAGAUCGAGGAGGGAGCCAGAGCCCCGCGGCCCAGGGUUGCGGGCCGGGGGCGCCCGUGAGCAGAGACCUCCCCGUCGAGGGGGGGCGAUGUUCCCCUCGCCCGUGGGCUCUUCGGGCAGCCAGGGCACACCGCCGCUGGGACCAGGGCCCCCGCAGUGGGCACCCCCCCGGGCGGUUCCAUGGAGACUCUGUGCCCCGCUCCCCGCCUCGCAGUGCCGGCGUCCCCGCGAGGGUCGCCUUGCUCCCCGACACCCCGGAAGCCGCGUCGGGGGACACAGGAGUUCUCUCCACUGUGCCUGCGUGCCCUUGCCUUCUGCGCCCUUGCCAAACCUCGAGCGUCCUCUCUGGGCCUGGGGCCUGGGGAGUUGGCGCCGCGGGCCCCGGUGCUGGUGGGCCCUCGCGCCCCGCUGUGCACCGGCGGCUGGUCCCCGGAUGGCCUGAAGCACCUCGCGGGACAAGCCGGGCGGUCCGGUGAUCCGAACUCCCCGGCCGGUCAGGAUGCCGAAGCCGCAGUGUGCUGGAGCCGUGGCGAGGAGGAAGAGGGCGGAGGCAGUUUCCCGCACUUCAGCUCCCGCUCCGGCGUACCUCCCGGCCGCUGCCCGGCGCCUCGGCGCCCUCGGGAAUCUCCGACCAGCUCCGCCUCGGCUCCGCCUCGGCCAGCCUCGGGUCUCGACUCCCAGCCUGGCCCCGCCGCCAGCCCCCAUCAGGAGCCCAGUUCCCGGCCUCCGCCGCCACCUGCGGGCCUCUCUACCGAGUCCGCGGGUCCCGGGGCUGCGCCGGAGCCGCCCGCACCGGGACAGACGGCCGCAGUCGAUGGAAACCCCCCGCAGGCCGCCCCCGAGGCACCAGCCGCUAGCCCCUCGACGGCCAGCGGAGCUUCGGCCGCUCCCGGCGAUCUCCGCCAGGAACAUUUCGAUCGUCUGAUCCGCCGGUCGAAACUUUGGUGUUACGCGAAGGGCUUCGCCCUCGACACUCCGAGUUUGCGCCGGGGGCCCGAGCGGCCGCCAGCAAAAGGGGCCGCCCGGGGAGCCGCCAAGAAACGCCGGCGACCGCCACCCCCCCAUCGCAGCACGCAGCCCCGCCGCCCUGCACCGACGCUCCCCACGACGAGCACCUUCAGCCUCCUCGACUCCUUCCCCUGCCCCCCGGCCCUGGUGGUAGGGGAGGACGGAGACUUAGGGCCGGCAUCCUCGCUUCGCCUCCAGGGAGACUCUAAGCCCCCGCCUGCCCACCCACUGUGGAGGUGGCAGAUAGGGGGUCCUGCUGUCCCUGAGCCCCCAGGCCUUAAAUUCUGGGGGAUCAACUUGGAGGAACUCUGAGCAGAGACCUCUCCUACCAAUGGGGAAAAAAGUUGGGGCCACGGCCAAACUUUGGGCUCGAGGACGGGGCCUCGUGUGUCGCAUUUGCCUGUUCCCUUUACGUUUUAAGGGCUGCGGUCAGAGGGACCUCAAAUGACAGUGAUCUUCAAGCACCUAGCUGUUUGGGGUGACACCCCCUCCCCCUCAUCCUUUGGAGUCGAACCAAGGGCUGGAGUCAGGAGAAGGCUUAACGGAAAAAGGCUUAAUGACAUAGAUUCCAAUCCCUCCCCUCUUCCAUCUCGGAUCUCUGGGGGCAGGGCCUUCACCCCAGGGGGAGCAAAGGAGGCUACCGCUCAAAGACAAGGAAAAAAAAAAGAGGGAGAGAGACCUUGGUGAUGGACAAACCGGUUGUUUCUGUGGGCGAGCCUGGGGAUGAGGGGGCUGUGGUGGGGGUGGGGAGGUGAUUGGCAGCUCCCUGGGGGCAUCCCCCACCCCCACCAUCCAGGCCUUUAACCCUUCACUCCCCUCAGGCAUUCCCCCCCCCCCCCCCCCCCCGCGCUCCCAGCAUCACUGGAACCUUCCUAGAGGGGGCAGCUCCGGCAGGGGGAAGAUCACCCCCUCCCUGUUCUUUUCCUAAGCCCUCUCCCCGCCCUCCCUCCCCCCAAGGCAGGUGACUUCUAAUUGGCGAGAUCUUCAGUCUCAGCCACCAACCUUUCUCUUUUGUCCAGUUUUGGAGUUUCUUCAAUUUUUCCUGUUUGUUUUCAGUUUGUAAGGUCUGAUGGGUGAAAGAGGACCUUCUCCCUGGAUCCAUCAACCCCCUCCCCCAGUUUGCUUCUCCAAUUAGGAGGGGACCUCCUCCCCCUCCAAAAGCACAGACUUUGCCUGGGGAAAGGGCCAGAGACUGUCCCAGGGAAAGUAAUGGAAGGUGGAAGAAAUCAAUAAAAUCAGACCAAACCAGUUGCCUUUCGAGGUCCUCUCCACCGAUUUAUGGAUGGGAGGGGAUGGAGGUAGAGGGCAGGCCUGGGUCCAUUUUCGGACACCCAAACUCAGCCCCCUCAAAGGCUAGAGAUGAGACGAGCAGCUCUUUGUAGAGGGGUAAGUUAAAGAGCUCUUGACCUAACCUCAAGGGUCUGGCCAGGCUUGAAGGGGCAAAGUUUGGGUUUGAAUGGGAACUGGGCUGAGCCAUCAUCAGCUUCCUCCCCUAACUUCAGGCAUUUCAGGAGUUGUCAGGGACCUGAUGGAUCCGAUGGGGGCAGGGCCAGGGGAUUAGUUUUGAGGUCAGAGGUUCUGUUUUCCAGGGGGGAGGGGAGAGGUAGGCCUGGACCACGCCCGGUGGCUGGGAAGACCCCCUAGAGCCAGAGAGGGGGGUGAAAUCGCUUUCUCCUCUGCCCAGGUGAGGUCGGGGAGGCGAGCUCUUAGGGAGACUCCCCAAGUUUGGGUGUGACGGGAACCUGGGGGUGGUGGAUCUGCCCGACAAGUGAGGAACCCAGUGACCCUUCUGCCCACACUAGUGAAUAACCACCCCUUUCCCCCCAAAACGGGGGCGAGGGAGGAACAGUUCCCAUAUACGAUACUGGGGAAGGACUUGUCUCCUUUUCUGUGAAAAUGCUUUGUAAAAAGUUGUUAUUGUUUGCAUAGAGCAGAUUCUUGAGAAAAACUGUUUUGGGCCACAAAAGUUUUGUUUGUUUUAAAA